AAAGCGGCUCCAGUCUGCCUGCUGGCUCCAGCACGGGGGGUUCGUUUGUUUUAAACACCCGCGUUGCAGGAGCAGGCGGUGGUUUGUUGAUCUAACGGAUGUCUCUCUGUAUCAGAUUGGGAUACAAUACGAAAACGGAAAGCAAAACAAGCUCUACCAGAAGCCACAGCAGAAAUUGCGGUAGGAAGCCAGUCUGAGACGCUGACAAGCUGUAUUGUGAUUGAAAGUCUGCAUAAAGUUCAUGUUGGACUGUAAACGCUGUCUGAGUCUGAGGUUUCCCACCUGUGGCGUCGUACCAGCCCAGUCGACGCAACGGAUUGCAGAGAGAAAAUCGGCGCUGAAAAAAACUCGAGCUGAAGCAGAAAAGCUGGAGCUGGAGAGGAGAUAGAAGAAGAAGAAGAAGAAGAGGAGGAGGAGGAGGAGGAGGAAGAAGAGAGAGAGAAGAAGAGACACAGUCGACCAUGAUUCACUCAAAUCACUCCAUCCACUCAGUCUUCUGCUGCUGCUGUGCCGUCCAGACCAGGGAGUUCAGCACCCGCAUGGAGCUGGAGGGAAGCACCUCCCUGUGUUUUCAGAGCAGACGACACCCAGGAAAUGCCUACCGGGUCGACAGGUCGAGGAGGAAGCUCCCGCUUCCCCCUCCCGAGGGUGAGGAUGGUGAAGCCGAGGGGUUGGUAAGUGUUGUCGCCAUGUACGACUUCACCGCCAAGGAGGACACUGACCUCACACUCAAACAGGGAGAGGACUACAUCAUCCUCCACAAACAAGACCAGCUGUGGUGGAGAGCGCAGGACAAACACGGGAAUAAAGGCUUCAUCCCCAGUAACUACGUGACAGAGAAAAACAGAAUCGAGGCAAACUCGUGGUACUGCAAGAACAUCACCAGAACAGAAGCUGAGCAGCUCCUGAGACAGGAGGACAAAGAGGGUGGUUUUGUGGUGCGGGAAUCCAGUCAGAAGGGAGUCUACACUGUGUCUGUUUACACUAAGACAUUAAGUGCUACCGGGGAUAUUAGACAUUACCAGAUUAAAAUAACCGACACCGGACAAUUCUUCCUCGCUGAAAAACACACCUUCAGCUCCAUACCUGAUGUCAUACACUACCACGAACACAACGCAGCAGGUCUAGUAACCAGGUUGCGGUAUGCAGUCGGGCCAAUGGGAAGGUGUGUUCCUGCCACGUCAGGAUUCAGCUCAGAGAAGUGGGAGAUCAACCCCAGCGAGCUGACCUUUAUGAAGGAGCUGGGCAGCGGUCAGUUCGGUGUGGUUAAGCUCGGCAAGUGGAGGGCUCAGCACCGAGUGGCCAUCAAGGCCAUCAGGGAGGGAGCCAUGUACGAGGAGGACUUCAUUGAGGAGGCCAAGGUCAUGAUGAGGCUGUGCCACCCUAAAUUGGUGCAGCUGUACGGCGUUUGCUUGCAGCAGCGCCCCCUGCUGAUCGUGGCCGAGUUCAUGGAGAACGGCUGCCUGCUGAACUACCUGAGGCAGAGGAGCAGAACUCUGAGGGAGGCGUGGCUUCUGUCCAUGUGUCAGGACGUGUGUGAGGGGAUGGAGUACCUGGAGGCACAUAGUUUCAUCCACAGAGACCUGGCUGCCAGGAACUGUCUGGUUAAUGAGAACAGCGUAGUGAAGGUCAGCGACUUCGGAAUGACCAGGUACGUUCUAGACAACCAGUACACCAGUUCUAGUGGUGCUAAGUUCCCUGUGAAGUGGUCGCCUCCUGAAGUUCUCCACUACAGUAAAUACAGCAGCAAAUCUGACGUCUGGUCCUUCGGUGUUGUGAUGUGGGAGAUCUACUCGGAGGGUCGGACUCCGUUUGAAAACAGAUCCAACUUGGAUGUGGUCAAUGACAUCACCAAGGGAAUCCGGCUGUACCGACCGCACCGUGCCUCGCAACCGCUCUACGCUAUCAUGUACCGCUGCUGGCACGAGAGGCCUCAGGGUCGUCCAGCUUUCUCGGAGCUACUGGAGGAAAUCAGAAAACUGGCAGAAAACCCGGAUUGACACGGACAUAAAAUUUGUGUUUUUCAAACUAUGUUUACUGUUAUCAUGAAUGUACACAGACUGUAAAUAAUUAUUUGUUCAUUAAAUGCUUUUAUAAUAAA